UAGGCGCGCAUUAGUACUGCCAGCGCAGGACUUCUCUCGCAGUUUUUAAUCGUCCUUCCAGAGAUUUGCGUUGUUGGAUUUCUGAUACACAAACAAUGGCGAACGUUGUCUGCCGAUUUUUUCUGGAAGGGCGCUGCAAAUAUGGGGAUAGGUGCCAUAAUCAACAUCCCGCUGAUGCAGCGUACGAAGAGUACUAUGAAGACGACAGUUAUCAAAAUGCGCAAUAUUAUCCGCGCGGAGGAUAUUCUGGUCACCGCGGUGGUGGAUAUCGGCCCCGUUAUCCCCAGAAUCAUUCUAGAUAUUCAGGCCCUCGGAGCAGCUCGAGCUGGGAACCACGACCUGCAUCCGGUGGAUUCCACGGAAGCCCUCAUUUUACUUCUCCUAGCAGAUUCGAGCCUCCCGGUCGAUUUCCGUCCCCUGCAGCUGCACAAUCAGUUCGUCCGUCUUCCGAUUUAGAAGUGCUAAACGAUGUUCUUCUCGAUGCAACGAAUAUGCUUCAUCAGACGGCGCGGAGUGAUCUUGUGUUCCAAGUGAGAAAGAUAUGGCCGUUCACGGCGUACACGUAUCGCAGUCCCGAAGGUCAAAUUCAGACGGAUCCAUUGUUUGGCUUGGAAGAUUAUUCCCCGGAAGAAUUGCGUGCUAUGGCGUAUGUAGUCAGAGACGACGCAUCACAGUUGAGCGAAUACGUGAAUGGUGUGGUCCGACAAAGCAACAGCGUUCGGAAUAUUUUAUCGGAAGUGUGCAAAGCAUGCUCCAAUCCUAAUUCGAACGAAGCCAAAGCUGUGAUAUCGGAAAUUCAUGCUAAAGCAGCUCAGAACAAAGUCCGGCAGGAAACACCUUCACCUGUUCUCCAGUUUCAGGGUGCCACUUCUGCCCCCAUUCAAAAUAUGGGCGAACAGAGGCCACAUGAUCAGUCAGUCGCGCAGGCACCCCCGAGCGGUAUAUAUUCGGAUACCAGUAUGCUGACAGCCGAAGAUUUUUACCAGUUUGCCUCAGCGGAGUUCACUCAAGGAAAGGUACCCUAUCUGCCACCGCCAAAGAAUCUUUGCUAGGUUUUUCAUGCAGAAUGUCUACGUUCAAGUGUUUUAAAUCGUUGCAAUUUGUGUCUGAAAAUAUGGUUUUGUUUGUUCAGCUUUUUUAGUGUCAAAGCGACUCGAGAAGUCAAAUUCUGUUAACUUUUAAAGAUUUUGUAGACAGCAGAAAAAUAAUAGCUAAUAUAUAAUAUUGCAUAAAAAGCACGAUUGA